ACCUAUUUAAUAAUCUCUUUAGUUUGUUUGUCGGGAAGCAAACCUAAAAUCACCAGAUAGAGAAAAACGCGAUUGAGAGAGAAUGUCUGCAACAGGCGGCGGCGGUGGCGGUGGCGCAGGGCAAGAGGAGGACAAGAAGCCCGGGGACCAAUCGGCUCACAUUAACCUCAAAGUCAAGGGCCAGGAUGGCAAUGAAGUGUUUUUUAGGAUCAAACGGAGUACCCAGAUGCGGAAAUUAAUGAAUGCAUAUUGUGAGAGGCAGUCAGUGGAUUUGAACUCCAUUGCAUUUUUGUUUGAUGGGCGCAGACUCCGUGCAGAACAGACUCCAGAUGAGCUUGAGAUGGAGGAUGGCGAUGAAAUUGAUGCUAUGCUGCACCAAACAGGAGGCGGCCAUCUGGCAUAGUUGGUUUAUUUGCUCUGUUUUAUUUUUAUCAUUCAAAAUAUCCGUGUAAAUUGAAAUGGACCUAAGAUGAACUGCAUAGUUUAAGUAUGGUCACGACCAAGUAUUUGGUGGGAGUGUGAUGCCAUGGAUGUUGAUGAUGGUCUUCUUUUGCGACUUAUGGAAUUAUUAGGCUUGUUUGGUGUUCUUAUUUUUAUUGUAUACCUUUUGCUUUUGUCGUCUGUACUUACUUGCCUUGCAUCCUGACUGCAUCAAGUAGCUGUGAGCAGAGAUGUCAGCCUGUUAGCAUAUGUAAGUGAGAUUUCAAGAAAAAUAAAUCCUCAACGUUUAGAAGAGAGAUGGAUGGAUGGAUACCUUUAAAGUAGUGAA